AUGGCGGAUCGACGUAAAACUGGAAGAAAAAAGACAAGUGAUAAUGAAAAGCUAACAAAAGAAGAAGAAGCUAUUGCUCGUUAUGUUCGAUUUAAUUGUCCAACGAAAACCACAAUGUUCGAGGGCAAUGAAGUCCAUUAUUUUACCGGUACAAAAGCUGUUGAUACUUUGUAUGAGUCUAAGAAAUAUGGUCACAUUUCGAAAAAUGUCAAGUUUGCUACUCGACAAGUAGCAGUUGUGUUCAUGCGCUCACUUUUGGAAAGUGGUUUAUUUUUCCGUGCGAGAAAAUUAGUCCCAAAAAAGAAAGAUGACAAGAAGAAAGAAAAAAUGCAAAAUGAUACCAGCAAAUCACCGAAAAAGAAGUUGGCAAAAUAUGAUUGUGAUGAGGAAAUGAAAAAACUAGAAAGUGAUGAUAAUGAUGAAGGAAAUAGAAAAGAACUGGAUAAAAAGAAGGAUGACAAAAAGAAAAAACGAAAAAUUAAGUUAGAACUUCAUCAAGAACAAUCAUUUAACGAUACAAACGAUGUUUUUGUUUGGAUCUUUGACCCAACUCCUUUAUAUAAAAAAGUUAUUGGUGCGCUAAUGGUACUGGGAACUAUAGCGAGCUGUUUGUUUCCCUUGUGGCCGAUGUGGUUACGUCAAGGAGUAUAUUAUUUAUCUAUUGCUGGAUUAUCUUGUUUUGGAUUGCUUAUUGGUGUUGCAGUAGCUCGAACGGUGCUAUUUGCCAUAAUUUGGGCGCUAACUAUGGGAAGACAUAAGUUAUGGUUACUACCAAAUUUAACAGAGGACUGUGGCUUUUUUGAAUCUUUCCAGCCUUGGUAUACUUAUGAAUAUUGUCCUACUGGAAGUAGUAAGAAGAAGAGGGGAAAUAAUUGGAAAAAGAAAUCAGAUGAUGGUGAUAGUUCAGCAGCUGAAACUGCCAGGAAAACUGCAGAAAAGUCGAGGAAAAGCGAAUAUGAGGCUAGUGGUGAUUCUGGUCACGAUGAUGAAACGGAUAUAACAGAUGAGGAAAAAACUGAUGGUGCUUCGGAAUCGGAAAAUGGAAGUAGUCAAGUAAGUUAA